UUUUUCUUCUGAAUAAUUUAUAUUAUAUAUUUUUUUUAAUUUUUUGUUUUUACUUUUAAUAUCUCUAAGUGAUUUGACAGGAUGGACAAUCCAGAUCAUGNUUAUAAAAUCAUUCAAUUUUUAAAUGAAACAACAAGUGAUGGCAAAUUGGCCAUUGAAUUUAUUCCUAGUUCUUGGAUACGUACUGAAGAUCAUCGAGAUUAUUGUUAUUUCCNAUUGAAAGAACAUUGGUCACGAUUAGAAGAAUGGGUGGAAAGAAAAAUUGAGCCCGAUAAAUAUUGGCAAAAAUAUUCUGAUUACAAAAUUUUAGGAUCUGCAGCUAAUUACGAACAAGGUUUGCGUCGACUUCACCGCGCUUUUUUUCGACCCUAUAAAACAUUAGAAUUUACAGAUUCAGAUUCUGAAAGAGGACGUCAAAAAAGUGAUCUUAUCUUAUCAAGAAGUGUGGCAAGACGCCUGCUUCGAGAGUCUGAAUCUUAUCUUUCCACAGUAAAAGAAGAGAAAAAUACGGAAAUUUGGAAUUGCAGUGAUGAUAGUCGAGAUGAUAGUAGAAGCAUACAUAAAGAUAACAAAAUUGUUCAUUGUAUUCAUAAAUCUGGUGAUGUAAACAACAAUCCUAGUAACAAUUCAAGUAAUUUUCAAGAUACGGAUGGAUCCCUGAAAUCUUCGGAGAGUUCUAAUUUUUCAAAGUCAAAAAAUAUACAUACUCUAACUCUCAAUCUCAAUAGAAAAGAAAGUAAAAAAAGAAAAGAGAAUUACGGAAACUAUAAAGGAAUACAAAACGUCAUAAGUAGCGACAGCGAGAGUGAGGAAAAUGAAGGGAAUCAUAAUUCUCAUAAAAAAGAAUUUGAGCAUAUUGGAAAAUUGCUCGAAAACAAAAAAAAGCGUGAAGAACUUUCAUAUAGAUUUGAAAAUUCAUCGAAUCAUCAUUUUCAACCAGAUGAAUUGAUUAAGCACGAUAAGAACAGUAAAAAACAUCUAAACGUAAUGAGUGUAGCAGAUUCUCGCUUAACAUAUUUGAAAGGAAAGAAUGAUGAUCCAUUGAGAGUCCAAGUCUGGGCCACUCCUGGUCAGGACUGGUAA